AUGGCCCUCAAUUUGACGACUUCCCGCCGGGCUCUUGGCUCGCUCAAGCCCCUCACCCGUGCCGCCUUUGUCGGCGCCCGCGGCUAUGCCACUGCUGAGCCCGACCUCAAGGCCACUCUCCGCGAGGCCAUCCCCGCCAAGCGAGAGCUCCUGAAGAAGGUCAAGGCCCAUGCCAACAAGACCAUCGGCGAGGUCAAGGUCGAGAAUACCCUUGGUGGCAUGCGUGGCCUCAAGGCCAUGGUCUGGGAGGGUUCCGUCCUCGACGCCAACGAGGGUAUCCGCUUCCACGGCCGUACCAUCAAGGACUGCCAGAAGGAGCUCCCCAAGGGCAAGACUGGCACCGAGAUGCUCCCCGAGGCCAUGUUCUGGCUGCUCCUCACUGGCCAGGUCCCCUCGACCAACCAGAUCCGCGUCUUCUCUCGCGAGCUCGCUGAGAAGGCUCAGAUCCCCGAGUUUGUCGCCAAGAUGCUCGACAACUUCCCCAAGGACCUCCACCCCAUGACUCAAUUCGCCAUGGCUGUGUCUGCUCUCAACUAUGAGUCCAAGUUUGCCAAGGCUUACGAGCAGGGUCUGAACAAGGCCGACUACUGGGAGCCUACCUUUGAUGACUGCAUCUCCCUCCUGGCUAAGCUGCCCACCAUUGCUGCCAAGAUCUACCAGAACGCCUACCGUGGUGGUGGUGCUCUCCCCGCCGAGGUUGACCUCGAGCAGGAUUGGUCUUACAACUUUGCUGCCAUGCUUGGCAAGGGUGGCAAGGAGAACGAGAACUUCCAGGAUCUCCUCCGUCUCUACCUUGCUCUCCACGGUGACCACGAGGGUGGUAACGUCUCUGCUCACGCCACUCACCUGGUUGGCAGUGCUCUGUCCGACCCCUUCCUGUCCUACAGUGCCGGUCUUCAGGGUCUUGCCGGUCCCCUCCACGGUCUUGCCGCCCAGGAGGUGCUCCGAUGGAUCCUCCAGAUGAAGGAGGCCAUCCCUGCCAAGUACACUGAGCAGGAUGUUAACGACUACCUCUGGUCCACCCUCAACUCGGGCCGUGUCGUUCCCGGUUACGGCCAUGCUGUCCUCCGAAAGCCCGAUCCUCGAUUCGAGGCUCUCAUGGACUAUGCUGCCGCUCGCCCUGAGAUUGCUCAGGACCCCGUCUUCCAGCUUGUGCAGAAGAACAGCCAGAUCGCCCCUGAGGUGCUCAAGAAGCACGGCAAGACCAAGAACCCCUACCCCAACGUCGACAGCAGCUCUGGUGUCCUGUUCCACCACUACGGCUUCCACGAGACCCUCUACUACACCGCCACCUUCGGUGUGUCCCGAGGUCUGGGACCUCUUGCCCAGCUGGUUUGGGACCGAGCUCUGGGUCUGCCCAUUGAGCGACCCAAGAGCAUCAACCUCGAGGGCAUCCUCAAGCAGGUUGAGGGCCAGUAA